CCCUCCACUCACCGCCAGAUCGUUGUUUUUACAACCUGAAACAUCCCACUCGCCAUCUGCCCAUUUGUCUGUCUACUCUUUCAACUCAGUGAUUUGCAGUUGAUGGAAUUGGAGGAUGAGCUCAAGAGUGUAGAUACAUUUCUUGAACAUCUCAAGACAGAAGAGACAGAGAAGAACAGACAGAAAACUAAGACCGCAUCACCAAAGCCUGUUCAUUGGAAGAAGAGGGACCACAAUGGGGACAUUGUUCACCAGCGCCCACAAGCCCUUAGAAAGCAGUCAACAUCACAAAGACCAGACGAAGGAAGACAUGUUUCUUCUUCACCGCCAUUAGACCAUGGCCAACACCUAGACCAUGAUUUGAAUAUGCGGCAGCUUGAGGACCUUCUACAGGACUCAGAGAACAUGGAAUCGCAAGAUUUUGUUCAGCAGCCACCAUUGUCCAGUUGGAGUCAAAGGCAGAAAGAGGUCCAACAAUGUUGGCAACAGGCAAACCAUCAUGGAUGGAUUUUUCAAAUACAUCCCACCAACAGAGUCUGUGACACUGGAAAAUACAGCAUUUGUGAACAAGAUUGUUUUCUGCCAACAGCUCUACCUCAAAGGAUAUGGUCCUGUGACACCGCUGAUGCAGCAGUCUCUGUUGGUAGAUCCAUCAUACUGGUUUGCAUAAAUGGCCGUUAUGAUCUUCACGUUCCGGUGCUAACAUGCAAACAUUGCAACCAGAAAUGGGCUCCAGAAGUCAGUGACUUUGUAAAGAGUGGUUACUGGCCUGCUACCAUGCAGGCACAGACACUGUUCCACCAAGAUCUCUUCCAUUCCUUUGAGGCUAUGAAGACAGCAGCUCCAGGAAUGUCCAGACAAGCCUUUACAGCAAUGUUGGACCAGAGUACAAAGCAAUAUGGAAGAACUGGCAAAGUGAAUGCAGAUGCAUUUCAGAGAAGUUUUCUGCAAUUUGUGUACUGCAACUAUGAAGAGAACCAACUUCUUGGAAAGGAGCCAUUGGUCUGUCCAGCUUGUAGCCCUGAAAUGGUGGCUGUUUCUGUGGAUGGCAACAGAAAGUUGUACAGGUUCCAGAAAACAAACCAGAGUGAAGAGCCAGGGUUCUUCGAUGGAGUGUUUUUAGCCCAAGACUCUGAGGUGUCCAGUUUUGUUGAGGAGGUCCGGGGAACUGUCAAGAGUACCGCAGGAAAAGCAAUGUGUGGUGACACCCAAUGGAAUGCAGCAAGAGAGACUUCAAAGCGGGUCAACAAGUUGGAUGAAGAAGGUGUGGAAAUUGCUGUGUGUAGACAUGGAUUUCUUCUCAAAGGUCUGAAUAUGUAUAGAUGAGAAAUCUUUGCAUAUCCAAUGUUUCUCCAAAAAGAGUUCCAGAGUGCUACAUUUUUGGCCAUGGAUGUG